UCCAUGUGCUUCAUAAACUUUUCCCGCUUUCAAUCAGCGCCAUUUUGCGACAAAAGCCGGUAGUAGUUCUGAGUAACGGUGUUAACUUGAAAGCAUUUUUUAGUCCUCGUCAAUUUUGUACCAACGACAUGGCUAAACCUCAGGUUUUCUUCGAUAUCAAUGCUGAUAAUCAGCCUCUUGGUAGAAUUGUUAUGGAAUUGAGAGCUGAUGUUGUUCCAAAGACUGCUGAAAACUUCAGAGCUUUGUGUACUGGAGAAAAAGGUUAUGGCUAUAAAGGCAGCAUCUUCCAUAGAGUAAUUCCUGGCUUUAUGUGCCAAGGUGGAGAUUUCACAAAGCAUAAUGGCACUGGAGGAAAGUCUAUUUAUGGUACAAAGUUUGAAGAUGAAAAUUUUAUUUUGAAACAUACUGGACCAGGUAUUCUGUCUAUGGCUAAUGCAGGACCAAAUACUAAUGGAUCCCAGUUCUUUGUUUGUACUGCAAAAACAUCAUGGUUGGAUGGAAAACAUGUUGUAUUUGGUCAAGUAAUUGAGGGUAUGGAUGUUGUUAAGAAAAUUGAGAGCUAUGGUAGCCAGAGUGGACAGACGAGCAGGAAGAUAUCGAUUGCCAAUAGUGGACAGUUAUCUUAGUUUUCAAAUGCUUUUGAAUUUCACUUUUGCAAGAUGUGAUUUUGGUUAUAACAUUUUCUAAAAUAAAGUACUUGAAUAAUA